AUGGCCAAGCGCAAGACCGCUCAAGUGUCCUCGCAGGCUGCUGCGCCCGCCGCCAACCCGCCCGUGAGGAAGAAGGCGCGCUUCUCCAACCCUCCUCCAUCAGCACCGCCCGCACACAAACCAAAGGCGAAGGCGGCUGCAGCGCCCGUGCAGACGCCAGAACAGACGCCAGAUGCACCGAAACGCUUCGUCGUGUCGGCCGGAUCGUACGAGCGGCUGCUGUACGGCCUCGAGUGCGAGUUCGAACCGUCGACCUCCUCCUCGUCCGGCUACUCCCUCUCGGUCAACCCCAUCUUCUCCUUCCCCGCCCAUCUCUCCAGUCUCAAGACCGUCGCAGCGAGCCACCUCAUCAGCCCUGGCACCGGGAGCGAGCGGAAAGUCGGUGGAAAGUACCUCGUCUCGGCGGGAACGGACGAGGUGAUCAAGGUGUGGGACUUGCAGCGACGGAAAGAGGUCGGCAUCCUCGAGGGAGACACAAAGGGAACGAUCACUUGCAUGCGCUUCGUUCCGCAACGCAACAUGCUCGUCGUCGCUUCCUCCGACUCGACCAUUGUCCUCUACCGCGUGCGAGACUUUGUGCUCUUGCGGUCGCUUAAGGGACACAAGGGGCGGGUGAAUGCGAUUGAUGCGCAUCCGGACGGUCGCGUUGCGCUGUCGGUCGGGCAGGACAGGAUGUUGCGGAUGUGGGACUUGGUGGCCGGCAAGUCUGUGGCGACGAUGAAGCUUGGAGCGGAGGGAGAUGCCGUCCGAUGGAACACGAACGGCACGAAAUUCGUGGUCAUCUGCAACAACCAGCUGACGGUCUAUGGCCUGGACAUGUCGAUUCACCACCAACUCUCGGCCAAGUCCCGCUUCCACGACGCCCACUUCUGCUACUUCCCUCUCGACAAGACCGACUCUGCGCAGCGAGAAUACCUGUUCGUGGCGUGCGAGGACGGCAAGGUCCGGGUUUUCGACGUCUCGAACCCGACGCCGGUUCACGUCGACGAGACGACCGACCUCUCGGACCUCGACUUGCCCAAGAUUGAGCCUGUUGCGCUGUUGACGGGCCAUGCGAAUCGCGUCAAAAUGAUGGACCUGCUCGAAGUCGCCCUUCCCACAUCCGAAUCCGCUUCUUCUCCCUCCUCAACCAUCGUCCUCACCACCAUCUCGUCCGACGGCAAGAUCAACCUCUACGACCUCGCCCGCCUCCCAUCUCCCGCCGCUGCCUCCAAAGGCAAAGGCAAGAAGGCUGCUGCGCCCGAACCGGCAGAAGCGAAGGAGAUUGAGCCUGUGGCGAGCUAUGACACGGACAAGACACGGUUGACGUGCGUUUGUGCGAUUGGGUUAGUCGAGCGGAAGAAGGGGAAGGACGGGGAGGAGGUGGAGGAGUCGAGCGACGAAGAGGAUGGUGAGGAGGACGAGGAGGAAGAUGGGACGGAGGAGGAGGAGCAGAGUGAGGGUGAGGAGGAGGAGGAAGCGGAGUUUGAGGGGUUUGAGGACGAGGAAGAGGGCGAGGUGGAGUAG